AUGGCCAGACCAUAUAUUCCACGACCGGAAUACGAUGUUGAUCGUGAUUUCAUCGGAUAUGGCGAGCACCCUAUAAACCCGCGUUGGCCAAACAAUGCGAAAAUCGCAGUGUCUUUUGUUGUCAAUUAUGAAGAAGGUGGGGAGCGCUCAAUUAUGCACGGUGAUGGGCAGUCGGAGCCAAACUUGAAGGAGAAUCCAACAGCGCCAGCAAAAAUCAAUUCGCGACACCUUCCUGGUGAAUCCGAGUUCGAGUAUGGAAGCCGAGUGGGAUUCUGGCGUAUUUUUCGCUUGUUCAACAAGCAUGGGAUGAAAUUCACGCUGUAUGCAGUUUCGCAGGCUGUGGAGGCGAAUGUUGCGGUGGUUAAAAGAUGCGUUGAAGAGGGACAUGACAUUGCAAGCCAUGCAUAUCGCUGGCUUGAUUAUCAUGAUUUUCCAGUGGAAAAAGAACGGGAGUACAUCAAAACAGCAAUCCUGUCUCUCAAGAGAUUGAGUGGAUAUGCGCCCAAAGGUUGGUACUAUGGACGCCCCAGCCCUCAAAGCAAGACUUUGGUUCGCGAAGUGUACGACGAGCUUGGCGAAGAGCUUCUUUGGUAUUCAGAUAGCUAUGCAGACGAUCUUCCGUACUGGACAGAUGUCCCCACUAAACAUGGUGUCAAGGGCCAGUUAAUAGUUCCUUACAGUUAUGACUGCAACGACUUCAAAUUCUUCACACCAGGUUCCAACUUCAGCGAUCCAUCAAGUUUUUUGGACCACGUUAAGCGUGCCUUCAACGUACUCUACGAGGAAGGCGUGGAGGGAAGCCCGAAGAUGAUGACGAUUGGUCUGCAUUGCAGGAUCAUUGGCCGACCAGCAAGGUUCGAUGCCUUGCGGGAGUUCGUGGAGUAUAUUACUGCCAAAGAUGGAGUGUGGGUUGCAACGAGGACAGAAAUCGCUGAAGCAUUCACGAAGAAUUAUCCGUACAAAGCGGGCCAACUGGCGUGAUUUAU